CUUCUGCGAUUAGGCCUGGUCUUGGGACACUGGAGGGUAGCAGGGUACAGCGAGGCUUGGAAAAGAAGAAAGUCCAAGGGGUGCUCCGGGACCUGGGAGUGAUGGAGAAAGUCUGUAGCCCCUUUGCUCACCCCUACACUGGGUUUGCGCCAAGAGCAGUGCCGGCAACUCUACAUGGCGUGGGGCUCUCCCCAGCUCUCUAGGUUCUUCUGUCCUGAGCCACGCUAGUUUCUCUCCUUAGAUCUGGAAAGACCCCCAAAAUCCGAGAGUCCCCUUGGUGCUCCAUCUCUCACCCCUCCACUCUCACGCUUUAACUCUGGAAGGGCCGCUCAAGUUCAUUCAUAAGAACAAGGGCUCUGCUCUUAAAGGAGCCGCAUGCGGAAAGCGUUUGUGUGAUAGGUUCACAGGCACAGCUUUCCGCGCGUCUCGACUCCCCGUCCCUCUCUCUCUCUCUUUCUCUCGCUCUCUGAUCAGUCCUAGCUCUGUGCAUCUAUUUAACAACCCUAUGAAACCAUGCGGCCCCCAGGAAAGGGGUUGCUGACAAUAGAUCCUCUUGGGAGGUGCUUAACUUUUCCUUUUAAUUUUAUUAACUGAUCUUGGAAGGAGCGAGUGAGCAAUUAUGCUGUUGCCAUGUAUGACUAAUCUCUACUUUCCCCGGGCAACCUCAGCCACCCCUAGUGCUCCACCCGGAGAAGGCCGAGCCCUGCACCUGGAGCUCUUUCACCCCUCUCCAAGGUCCCCUAGGAGCUGGAAGGAGUUUGUGUCAGGGAGCUGGAAGGAGUUUGUGUCAGGGAGCUGGAAGAAGGAACCAAAGAAGAAGCAGCAAUUGUCCAUUUGCAACAAGCUUUGUUAUGCAGUUGGAGGGGCCCCAUACCAGCUAACAGGCUGUGCCCUGGGGUUUUUUCUGCAGAUCUAUCUGCUGGAUGUGGCUAAGGUGGAACCACUCCCUGCUUCCAUUAUCCUUUUUGUGGGCCGAGCCUGGGAUGCCUUCACUGACCCUCUGGUGGGCUUCUGCAUCAGCAAGUCCUCCUGGACCCGCCUGGGCCGCCUCAUGCCCUGGAUCAUCUUCUCCACUCCCCUGGCCAUCAUCGCCUACUUCCUCAUCUGGUUCGUGCCUGACUUCCCACCAGGGAUGGGAAGGUCACAUGGGUUCCUUUGGUACCUGCUUUUCUACUGCCUCUUUGAGACACUCGUUACGUGCUUCCACGUUCCCUACUCAGCACUCACCAUGUUCAUCAGCACAGAGCAAAGUGAGCGAGACUCUGCCACUGCCUAUAGGAUGACCGUGGAAGUGCUGGGUACAGUGAUAGGCACAGCAAUCCAAGGACAAAUUGUGGGCCAAGCCAAUGCACCUUGUUUCCAGGACCAGAAUGGCUCUGCAAUUGUCAAUCGUACACAGAGCACCACCUCCCUCAAAGAAACGCAAAAUGCAUACCUGCUGGCAGCAGGGAUCAUUGCCUCCAUCUACGUCAUCUGCGCCAUCAUUCUGGCUCUAGGCGUGCGGGAGCAGAGAGAGUCCUAUGAGGCCCAGCAGGCCGAGUCGAUGCCCUUCUUUCAGGGCCUCCGGCUGGUCAUGAGUCAUGGCCCCUAUGUCAAGCUCAUCGCAGGCUUCCUUUUCACCUCCCUGGCUUUCAUGCUGGUGGAGGGCAACUUUGCCUUGUUCUGUACCUAUACCUUGGGCUUCCGAAACGAGUUCCAGAACCUCCUCCUGGCCAUCAUGCUCUCGGCCACAUUUACCAUCCCCAUCUGGCAGUGGUUCCUAACCCGAUUUGGCAAGAAAACAGCUGUCUAUGUUGGGAUCUCAUCAGCAGUUCCUUUUCUCAUCUUGGUGGCCCUCAUGAAGAGUAAUCUAAUCGUCACUUACGUGGUGGCCAUAGCCGCUGGUGUCAGUGUAGCUGCUGCUUUCUUACUACCCUGGUCCAUGCUGCCUGAUGUCAUUGAUGACUUCCACCUGAAGCACCCUAACUCCCCUGGCACCGAGCCCAUCUUCUUUUCCUUCUAUGUUUUCUUCACCAAGUUUGCCUCUGGAGUGUCACUGGGUGUCUCUACCCUCAGUCUUGACUUUGCCGAGUACCAGACACAGGGGUGCUCCCAGCCAGAACAGGUCAAGUUUACACUGAAGAUGCUGGUGACCAUGGCUCCCAUCAUCCUCAUUCUACUGGGCUUGCUACUCUUCAAGCUGUAUCCCAUCGAUGAAGAGAAGCGACGGCAGAAUAAGAAAGCUCUGCAGGCUCUACGAGACGAAGCCAGCAGCUCAGGUUGCUCUGACACAGACUCCACAGAGCUGGCCAGCAUUCUCUAGGACCUGCCAUGUUACCUACAUCCACCACACAAAGCACCUGGAGCACCAGGUAGCAUGUGGCACGGGAUCUUUUUGUCCUCGCACUGAACAGCUGUUCUUCCUGUGUCAAGACAGGAACCAAGGACUGGAUGGAGGGUGAGCGGCCCAGGACAUCUGUGCCCACUGAAGGGCUGGCCGCUCUGUAGCCUCCUCACUGCCUGCCCACAGGGCCAAGCCCUAGGGCUGCUACUGUGAAUAUGCCAAGGACUGACUGGGCCUAGCUCAGAACACUAAUGUAGAAACGUUUUAUACAGAGACUAAUUAAUAACUUAAUGACUAUGUAUAUAGUGACGGGUGUGUAUGUAUAUGUCUGUGAGCUAUUAAUGUUAUUAAUUUUCAUAAAAACUGGAGAACAAG